UGAGUGGAGGUGGACAGGUUGUGGUGGUUAACCACUGUGAGCCAGCACCUGUGUUCCUUACCUUGGAAUCUGCACCAACACACAGAGAUGACAGGCGCAGCUCAAGGGAAAGACAUGACUGUGUUGGGGAAUCCUAGCCAGCUUCCCCAGUACCACGAGACAGCUUGUCCCCUGUAUGAGGUCAGAGGUCAGACAGCCAACAUGCAGCCUCAAGCUCCUCCAGCACAAGCUGUUGGAACUUUGUGUGAGUCAAAGUCCAGGAAACCCUGCCACUGCACCAGAUCCCAGUGCCUCAAACUCUACUGUGAGUGUUUUGCCAAUGGAAUGAUGUGCAGCAACUGUGACUGCUCUAACUGCCACAAUAAUGCAGAGCAUGCACUGAAGCGUCACAAGGCUAUUAAGUCAUGUUUAGGUCGCAACCCAGAUGCCUUCAGGCCUAAGAUUGCUGGUGGGAAGUCAGGAGAGGUUAAAGGUUGGCACAACAAAGGCUGCAACUGUAAACGCUCCAGCUGCCUUAAGAACUACUGCGAGUGCUAUGAGGCCAACAUCAUGUGUACCUCCAGCUGUAAAUGUGUUGGCUGUAGAAACUAUGAUGAUGGCUCCAAAAUGGGCCCCAAAGAGAAGACAGCCAAGGACAAAUGGCCUGUGUCAGUGAUAACCCCUGCUGUGGUGGAGGCUGUGUGUGGCUGUCUGCUGGCCCAGGCUGAGGAGGCUGAGAGGGAGGACCAGAGCCCUGCCCAGGCUGAGCACAUGGUCCUGGAUGAGUUUGGUCACUGUCUUACUCAGAUUGUCAAGGCCAUGUUCAAGCACAACACAUACUGACACUACAGAAUUACACUGUAGAGAUAUCUUUGGGUUGUACUUCAAACCUCAACUGGAUAUUAUCUAAGCACUGCUCUGUUUUUGAUAUUUGAAUUCACAGUUGGGUUUGGUAGAGUUUACAGAGAUCGUCGUUUAGAUUGUUGAGUUUGAAGCCUGUCGCGUGGAAAAAAGCGAUACACAAAACCAAAGCUCACACCAUUUCUUUCAUUUUACAGCUACAUCUAUAUCAGCUUAUGUGCAGGGGUUAAGUUUUAUUUUUAGUUCUAUGUUCUGCUCUUAGAGAGGUUUACUAGUUAGUGUAAAACUUAGGUUCCUGUUGGUUCCUAUUGGUGUGUUCUUGAGUGGUUUGUAUUUCCAGUAUUUUUUUUAUUUUUAUUAUUGUUAACACCAGAUAACCAUUUUUAGUUUGGUGUCCAUAUGAUUUUAGAUGUAAAACUGCUGACUGUUUAACAUUCAGAGGCAUUGUGGAUGGACACUUCAGUGGUUUAUACUAUAAAUUUCAUCAAAGAUGAAGAAAUAAAAGAUUAAGUGACCAAUCUGUACAUGUAAAUUCAUGUA